AUGGAUGAUGAUCAAGGUGAAUAUCCAGAUUUUGCUGCAGCAGAGCUUCCUUCUAAAGCAAGGUAUGCCAUUUCUAAAUUAUUGGUUGUUCAUCUAGUGGGAUUUUGCUUUACUGGAAUACUAUUCUUAGUGACUUCAGCAUUAACCGUGAUAUUGUGGCUUGAAGAAUCUGAAACGAAAGUGCCUUUUAAAGAUGUAGUAAGAAAAAAAGUAAAAAUACGACAGAACAGCAGAAACAAUAGUUCUACAGACCUUACCGAAACUACAUCAGCAACGAAAAUGGAUUCAUUAUCAGAUAAAGGAACGUUAAAUUCUGAACGCAAAACUAAGGAUAUAACACCGUAUUUGAAUUUGAUGCUUAUGCUAUCGCUUUUAUCAUUCCUACUGACUUUGUUAGCAUUUUUGUCAGAUAUGUUGUUGUUUAUACCACACUUGAGUUAUCUAGGUUGGCUUCAGUUAUGUCCAAUAAUUCUAUUAUCUACUGUGACUUCAAUGCUAUGCUUUAUUAAGAGAUCAAUUUCCUCAAGAAAAUAUCUAACAGAUGAAUAUGGAUAUGAAAAUGAUGAUAUGAGAAAGCGUGUAAAUGUCGGAGUACUCAACUGGAAAGAUACGGAUAGUGAUGAUGGGUUCUAUGUUUACACGAACGGUUUUUACAGUAAUUACAAUAACGAUGAUAAUCAUCAAGAAGGGCAAAGUCAUGCUCCUGAAUUAUUUCCGGCCAAUAAUAGUACACAUGGUUGGAUACGGCACUCAGGCUAUAAUGAAAAUGGAGAUGAUGUUUCAAUAAGUUCUAGCAGGGAUGAUAGUUAUAAUGAGCAUGAGAACAUACAAAUGAGGUUACUUAGUGACCAUGGGCAUGAUUCUUAA